AUUCGGUGUUUAUUGCAGCUACGCGACGUACCGCAGUGAGCUCAAGCCAUGAACUUCGGUGCAAAAAGCAAAGAUCUGCUUGUAGAGUUGAAAAGAAGCGAUUGGUUGCCGCCUUAUAACGAAGACGGCGUUCGCGGCGUGUUGGCUGAGAUUCAGGCUCUCUACGACGAACUCACGGAUACUCUUGGAGGUAGAACAACGAGUGACAUACCAGAUCCAGUGAAGGUCAGCCUCGUGGUUCAUCAUCAAGCGCUCCUACGUAAUAAACGCUGCCUUCUUACGUACCUCAAGUGGAGAGCAGACAGAAUCACCCAAUUACGGUGGGAAACAGGACCUGUUGUUCCACAAGAACUGCAGCAAAGCUUGAGCGCCAGAGAGAUGGAACUGUUCAACACGUACGAUCGAAUUCUUACCAACUUUACGCAGGGUCUGAAUUUGGAUCUCACAGCAGAUCUUCAACCGCCGAAGGAGUUGCACGUGGAGGUCAGGGUUCUGAGCGACUGCGGGGAAAUAAUGACAGAUCACGGAUCUGUAAAGCUUGACCGUGGGACUACCCACCUGUUGCGGCGAUCUGACGUGGAACAUCUCGUACGCCAAGGUCUUCUCCAAGAGCUAGAGAACGAGUCGACCUAGCUUCGCUUUCCCUUUGUUUGCAGGGGUGUCAUACAUUGUCGGCUGCUGCCGCGGUACCUGAAAGCGGUAGUUAGGUAUACACCGCGUGGAGUUCAGGAGCAUUGUUUGGACGAUAUUCUGCAAAACGAUCUGCACGUAUAUAGGUGUUCAUUGGAGGGCCUAACCUAUACAACGAUCCAGUCAGCGAGCCCGUCUAACGAACAAUAGGUCUGCU